UUUCCCUUUUCUCUCUAUCUCUCUUUCUCUUUGUAUUCUCAUAAACCUUAGAAAAGCUCCAGAAAACCUUCUUUAACCAUAUUUCCUCUUUUUCUAGUAUCUUAGAGAAAAGCUCCAGAAAACCUUCUUUAACGAUAUUUCCCCUUUUUCUAGUAUCUUUUACAAUGUCAACCUCAAAAACCUUAGAAAAAAGCUCACAAAGCUAUGAAACUGGUCAAGUCCAAAUGGGCUUUGGUCUUCUUCAAAGAAACACAUCCCCACCUCAAUCUGGUGAAAGAAGAGGUAGAAGAAAACAAGCUGAACCAGGAAGGUUUCUUGGUGUCAGAAGAAGGCCAUGGGGUAGGUAUGCAGCUGAAAUUAGAGACCCAACUACCAAAGAAAGACACUGGCUUGGCACUUUUGAUACUGCACAAGAAGCUGCUCUUGCUUAUGACAGAGCUGCUCUGUCUAUGAAAGGCAACCAAGCAAGGACCAAUUUCAUUUACUCUGACAAUACAACUUUCCAUUCUCUACUUUCUCCUUUUGAUCCUCAUCAUCAAACACUUUUACCACUACCACCACCACCACAACAACAACAACAACAAACUCAGUUUCUUUGUACUAAACAACAGCAACUUCAACAGACCAAUCAGAGCAAUCCACCUCAGACUGGAAACAUUAGUCAGAAUAACCAAAUUCCCAACCAAUCCUUCAAUGACACAUGUACUGAAACUUCUCCAGAUGGUUUUUCAUCAUCUGCAUUGCAUGGUGGUGUUGGUGAUGGUGGUGAUGAUGAUUUCUUUUUCUCCAAUGAUUCUAAUUCUGGUUAUUUGGGCUGCAUUGUUCCUGACAACUGCUUGAGACCCCCUUCUGAUUCAACCACCAACAGAAACUGCCACUCCAAAAAAGUUGCUGACUUUACUGCAGCAAAUGAUCAGAACUUUUGCUCCAUGAAUGUUGGGGUUACAAAACCACGUUGGGAGGGCAAUAUUAAUAGUGCACUUCUUCCACUUGACCUCUCAAAGGGGUCGUCAUCAAUGGCUUCUGAUACUGGAGGGUUUUCAUGCUUGGACGAAUUCAGUAAUGGGUUAUGGGAUAAUCAUCAGCAGCAGCCAUGGGAGCUGUAUUCUAGUGACCUGAUGAUGAAUAACCAUGCAUUGAUGGGAGAUGAAUGCAUGAGAGCUUUGAAUCCCAUUAUAGACAACUCUACCUCUUCUUCUGUAUCUUGCUCUCCAUCGGUUCCUCCUUUCGGUGAUGUAGUUGACUUGGGACAUUCUCUCUUUUGAGUUUCUGUAUCAGAGUCUAAGAGGUCCAUUGCACUUGUUCUUCUUCUUCUUCUUCAAAAUCAUGGCGGUUUUUUUUUUUGUUUUGUUUUUUUUCUUAAUAAUAUUUAA